AUGGCUGAGGCGGCCGACGGAGUCCGGCGGUGGUCCCGAGGUAGCCGGCACUACUUCCGCCUCCUGCGGCCGGCGGCGGGUUUCCACGCUGGCAGCGCUGACGUCCCCCGCGCCCGCGGCCGGCGGGGCGGAGAGGAGGAGGAGCUGGGCCCCGCGGCGCAGCCGGGCGGGACCGGCGGCUGGUCGGAGGCGGGGCGAGGCUCCUCCCCCCACCACCAACAAUCCCGACAGAGUGGGCGGGGCCUCCCGGGCUUCCGUACCCGGCCGUCACGCCGGCCGCUUCUAACGCUCCCAGAAUGGGCGGAGCCCCCCAGCGCGGUGAGAUGGCGUAGUUUUGGGGGCGUGGGUUCUGGAGACUACGGGUCACAAAGGCCGCUGUCCGGAGCUGAGGAGUUUGUGUCAUGUCUUGCCGCGGAGCUCCAGGCGGAGGGGAGGGCGGUGGCCAGCGGCCACAGGAUUGGACGCGUGGGUUGGGUGUGCACGGGGCGCCCAAUCGCUGAGGAGCACCGAAAGCCCGCAGGUGGAGGAGGAGGAGGACAAGGAGGCCCCGGUGGGCGCCCGCGAGGCGCGGGGUCCCGGGCGCGGGCGGUGGCGGUGGCAGUCCCGGGCGCCGGCAUGGGCUGGUGGCGGGCGCUGCCGCGCGCGGCCCGACGCUACCCGUGGCCCACCAACGUGCUGCUGUACGCCGGGCUCUUCUCGGCCGGGGACGCGCUGCAGCAGCAUCUGCGGGGCGGCCCGGCCGACUGGCGCCAGACGCGGUGCGUGGCCACCCUGGCCAUGACCUUCCACGGCAACUUCAACUACGCGUGGCUGCGCCUGCUGGAGCGCGCGCUGCCGGGCCGCGCGCCGCGCACCGUCCUGGCCAAGGUGCUGUGCGACCAGACGGUCGGCGGGCCCAUCGCCCUCUCGGCCUUCUACGUCGGUAUGAGAAUUCUCCAGGGAAAGGAUGACAUAUUUUUGGAUCUGAAGCAGAAAUUCUGGAAUACAUAUAAGACUGGUCUGAUGUACUGGCCUUUUGUACAGCUGACCAACUUCAGUCUUGUUCCUGUUCACUGGAGGACAGCCUACACUGGACUCUGUGGCUUCCUCUGGGCCACCUUCCUGUGCUAUUCCCAGCAGAGUGGUGACGGCACACUGAAGUCGGUGUUCAUCUUCCUUCACAGCAAGGAGGCCGAGGCAGUGGACAGUGAGACGUCCAGGACUCCUCCCUAAGUUUUGUCCCUCUCCCCUCCCACCCCAGUCACCUACAGUGGAGAGGUUUCCUAUCAGUUAUGAUCCACCUUGAAGAAUUACAUUCCAUAUGCUCAGUGACUUUUAAAUUAAGGAUUAGUUUAAAUUUUAUCCAAACAUUUCCCCUACUGUUGUAGUCUGAAAGCCUUAUGUAAUGUGUUCACUUCUCUAAUGAUCAGACUGAGAUCAACCAUGGGUGCAGAAUGACAUCGUAGCAUUGUUAACUUUUCUAUCCUACUGUCUAAAUGGCAGCUUAUUUCUGGAACCUCGUUUUUAAUUGUUCACAUUUGUAAUCUAAAAUCUCAGAUUAUCUUUUGUACCGAAACAGUCCUUACGGUAAAUUUCUAUUAAUACAGAAUUCAAUCAGUUAGACUAUUAAUCAGGGUUUCCUACCAAAUACUCCAUAAUUUAUUAUCAUGCCAAUACUAAAAUUCUGAAAUAUAUGUAUUUAUCAGCAAAAAAAGGAAGAAUGUUUGAUGUCCUCUA